CCGAAGGAGCCUUUUUUGGGUACAUGCUACGCAAUUUUCAUAUGUAUAACUGUAAUGAACAUACAGUACUGGAAAAUUUUAUCUGUGAGUUGCAUGACGACAAUGUUAGAUCCCUUACCAUUUUUAACUUUGUAUGCAUGAACAGAUGAACACUCAAUACAGUAAUUUUCAUAUUUGGGAGGUGUAAUUUUUAAAACUAGUGACAAUGGGAAAUCCUUAUCGGUGUUCUUUUAUGUCUUAUCUAGUUAACAUAACAUAGUGUUAGUUGGAGAACCCAUGAUGGGAACAAUUACGUUCCCUUGAAUUACUGGGCUAAAUAUGCUCCUUUUUUGCAAUUGCCAGCUUGAAAAGCUCAUAAAUGCUAAUUCAACUGAGGUUGAUUGGGAACGUUCCUUCUAUUUGAAUUUAGUCGCUCACACGUCAUAUACUGUCACAGUGGCAUUGUGCAGUAUCAGCAAUCUUCGCAAUCGUGCAGACAAAAGCAAGCGGUUGCCUCCAAUUUACAAGGUUUCAAAAACUGUAUAUGCAUCCCCUAGCCGUGUAAAUUUCCGCCUUGAUCAAAGAAAGGCUGUAGAGACAGUACCUGCAUAUCCGAACAUUUAUUUCUCAGUUGAUGACAUCGAUGAUCCUUUUGAUGCUGUGGUUUUGUCAGACCCAGAACACUGCUAUUGUGUGAUUCUCAAUGCGCAUGAUGGGGCAGCAUUUCCUGAAGAAAGCGAAUCAAGCAAUGUCGGUUCAAAUAUACAAUCUGGGAUCAACUCUGGGAGCAGUGGAGAGAACCCACCAAAGGUUCACUCUCUUCCUAAAUGAAGGUUUCAUCGUGAUGACCGCAGCUCUCUUCUAUGUGAUGGUAGUUUAGAUGAUCGAU